ACGGUGACGGGCGUGGGCGUGGCUGCGGGCCCAGGAGCGGAGGGCUGGGGUCCCGGCUCCCGCGCCGGGGCGGAGGGGCAGCCGCAGCGCAACGGCCCGCCCCGCCCUCGCCUCGCGUCCACGCCCAGCCUCCCGGCCCCUGGGCUGCUCGCGGCCUUUCUUUCCCGGCUGGGCUCGGGCUCAGCUCGACUGGGCUCGGCGGGCGGCGGCGGCGGCGGCGGGCGGAGGAGGGAGGGCGAGGGCGGGCGCGGGCCGGCGGGCGGGCGGAAGAGGGAGGAGAGGCGCGGGGAGCCAGGCCUCGGGGCCUCGGAGCAGCCACCCGAGCAGACGGAUCACACGGAGCAGCGGCCCCGGCCCCGCCGGAUCUGCAGCCGAGAUGCUCCAGACUUUGUAUGAUUACUUCUGGUGGGAGCGCCUGUGGCUGCCUGUGAACUUGACCUGGGCCGAUCUAGAAGACCGAGAUGGACGUGUCUACGCCAAAGCCUCAGAUCUCUAUAUCACGCUGCCCCUGGCCUUGCUCUUCCUCAUCGUUCGAUACUUCUUUGAGCUGUACGUGGCUACACCACUGGCUGCUCUCUUGAACAUAAAGGAGAAAACCCGACUGCGGGCACCUCCCAAUGCCACCUUGGAACAUUUCUACCUGACCAGUGGCAAGCAGCCCAAGCAGGUGGAGGUAGAGCUUUUGUCCCGGCAGAGCGGGCUCUCUGGCCGCCAGGUAGAGCGUUGGUUCCGCCGCCGCCGCAACCAGGACCGGCCCAGUCUCCUCAAGAAGUUCCGAGAAGCCAGCUGGAGAUUCACAUUUUACCUGAUUGCCUUCAUUGCCGGCAUGGCCGUCAUUGUGGAUAAACCCUGGUUCUAUGACAUGAAGAAAGUUUGGGAGGGAUAUCCCAUACAGAGCACUAUCCCUUCCCAGUAUUGGUACUACAUGAUUGAACUUUCCUUCUACUGGUCCCUGCUCUUCAGCAUUGCCUCUGAUGUCAAGCGAAAGGAUUUCAAGGAACAGAUCAUCCACCAUGUGGCCACCAUCAUCCUCAUCAGCUUUUCCUGGUUUGCCAAUUACAUCCGAGCUGGGACUCUCAUCAUGGCUCUGCAUGACUCUUCUGAUUACCUGCUGGAGUCAGCCAAGAUGUUUAACUACGCGGGAUGGAAGAACACCUGCAACAACAUCUUCAUCAUCUUCGCCAUUGUUUUCAUCAUCACCCGACUGGUCAUCCUGCCCUUCUGGAUCCUGCAUUGCACCCUAGUGUACCCACUGGAGCUCUAUCCUGCCUUCUUUGGCUAUUACUUCUUCAAUUCCAUGAUGGGAGUUCUACAGCUGCUGCAUAUCUUCUGGGCCUACCUCAUUUUGCGCAUGGCCCACAAGUUCAUAACUGGAAAGGUGGUAGAAGAUGAACGCAGUGACCGGGAAGAAACAGAGAGCUCAGAGGGGGAGGAGGCUGCAGCUGGGGGAGGAGCAAAGAGCCGGCCCCUAGCCAAUGGCCACCCCAUCCUCAAUAACCACCAUCGUAAGAAUGACUGAACCAUUAUUCCAGUUGCCUCCCAGAUUAAUGCAUAAAGCCAAGGAACUACCCCCCUCCCCGCGCUAUAGGGUCACUUUAAGCUCUGGGGAAAAAGGAGAAAGUGAGAGGAGAAUUCUCUGUAUCCUCCCUCCUUGCUUUUCACCCAGUUGCCUUUAAACCAAAUUCUAACCAGCUUAUCCCCAGGUAGGGGGACAUUGGUUAUAUUCUGUUAGAGGGGGAUGGUUGUAUUUUCCUCCCUAUCCUCCAAGUCAUCCUUUCUACUGCUUUUGAGGCCCUUCCCUCAGCUCUCUGUGGGUAGGGGUUACAACUCACAUUCCUUAUUCUGAGAAUUUGGCCCUAGCUGUUUGCCUUUGACUCCCUGACCUCCAGUCAGGGUUGUGCCUUAUUGUCCCAUCUGUGGGCCUCAUUCUGCCAAAGCUGGACCAGGGCUCACCUUUCUAAGCUCCCUAAAACUUGGGCCAGAAACCAAAGCUGAGCUGACUUUUAACUUUUUCCCUCUAUGACACAAAUGAAUUGAGGGUAGGAGGGUACACAUAACCCUUACCCUACUUCUGCCAAAAAGUGGGGGCUGUACUGGGGACUGCUCGGAUGAUCUUUGUGCUACUUCUUUCAGCUGUCCCUGUAGCCACAGGUCUAAGAUCUGACUGCCUCCUCCUUUCUCUGGCCUCUUCCCCUUCCCUCUUCAGCUAGGCUAGCUGGUUUGGAGUAGAAUGGCAACUAAUUCUAAUUUUUAUUUAUUAAAUAUUUGGGGUUUUGGUUUUAAAGCCAGAAUUACGGCUAGCACCUAGCAUUUCAGCAGAGGGACCAUUUUAGACCAAAAUGUACUGUUAAUGGGUUUUUUUUUUUAAAUUAAAAGAUUAAAUAAAAAAUAUUAAAUAAAACAUGGCAACAAGUGUCAGACUAUUAGGAAUUGAGAAGGGAGAUCAACUAAAUAAACAAAGAGAGUCUUUCUUAUG